CACCACUUAUAUGCGGAUCGAGUCACUUGGAGCCCACGCAGCAAGAAGUAAGCAACCUAGUGUACAAAAGUAACAUAUAUUUAAUAAAUAUAAGGAUUACUUUGGUUGGGGAAGACUGGACUAACGCCAAUUCAGCGAGUGUAAGGACAGACAUGGUGGACUCGGAACAGGUCCUGGGCUGUAAGGCCCCGAUGGGGCUGGUCCUGGUGCUUCUCCUUUCCAGCCUGCUGGGGCCUCUGGGACAAGCACAAGGGCAUCAUUAAAAAGAGAGCCUGCUCUCAAUUACUGUGCGUUAACACCAAAAGCGAAUUGAGCUGCCAAAUCACCGGAAGUCAUUCACUUUCUAUGGGCCUGAGUGACCAAAGCGACACAAGCGUCAAACGCUAAAAGCUCAAGAUUGUGAGAAACCUAUGAGAUACACCAUGAGUUUAACAGGUGAACACAUCCAGAAAGAGCAUUUUCCAAACGGAUUAGUUGUAACAUUUGAGUGUGCAACGGGAUACAGGAGUACUGGAGGAUCUGGUAAAACCACUUGUGCGGCUGGGACAUGGACAACUUCGACACUUAGUUGCGAGAAGUUUAAUUGUGGGAGCCUCGAGCUAGUUAACGGGCAUGUGGAAUACAGUGAAGGAACCUCAUUUGGGAGCGUGGCUACAUUCUCCUGCAAAGACGGGUACAUUUUGAGCGGGCGCGAGAAAUUAACCUGUGGAAAUACAGAAUGGCUAGGCAGAACGCCGACCUGUUCAGUUGUAAAAUGUGACUCACCGCCUUCAGUUGAUAAAGCUGAAGGUCCAUCUCCAAAACGGGAUUUAUAUGAUUUUGCAAGCGUUGUGAGAUACAAAUGUCAGAAGGAUUACACCAUCAAUGGCUCAGCAUCACUUAAAUGUUCAAGCAAUGGAAAAUUCACACCAAAUCCUCCAACUUGUUUAAUGGUUCGCUGCAAAGCGCCGUAUAUUCCAAAUGGUUCGCAAAAGUCUGGAGCCCGCCCUCCGUAUGUACACAGGAGUUUGGUUGAGUACGAAUGUAACCCUGGAUUUAAGAUGGAAGGGGAGGGGGUCAUGACCUGCCAACUGAACAGCACAUGGUCAUCAACGCCAGAGUGCAAAGAGUUUAAUUGUGGGAGCCUCGAGCUAGUUAACGGGCAUGUGGAAUACAGUGAAGGAACCUCAUUUGGGAGCUUGGCUACAUUCUCCUGCAACGACGGGUACAUUUUGAGCGGGCGCAACCGAUUACUCUGUGGAAAUACAGAAUGGCUAGGCAGAACGCCGAACUGUAUAGGGGCCGUGUUCACAAAGGAUCUUAGCGCUAAAAGUAGGCGAGUUAGGAGCACUCCUAGCGUUGUAAAAUGUGACUCACCGCCUUCAGUUGAUAAAGCUGAAGGUCCAUCUCCAAAACGGGAUUUCUAUGAUUUUGAAAGCGUUGUGAGAUACAACUGUCAGAAGGAUUACACCAUCAAUGGCUCAGCAUCACUUAAAUGUAAAAGCAAUGGAGAAUUCACACCAAAUCCUCCAACUUGUUUAAUGGUUCGCUGCAAAGCGCCGUUUAUUCCAAAUGGUUCGCAAAAGUCUGGAGCCCGCCCUCCGUAUAUACAUAGGAGUUUGGUUGAGUACGAAUGUAAACCUGGAUUUAAGAUGGAAGGGGAGGGGGUCAUGACCUGCCAACUGGACAGCACAUGGUCAUCAACGCCAGAGUGCAAAGAGUUUAAUUGUGGGAGCCUCGAGCUACUUAACGGGCAUGUGGAAUACAGUGAAGGAACCUCAUUUGGGAGCGUGGCUACAUUCUCCUGCAAAGACGGGUACAUUUUGAGCGGGCGCAACCAAUUAAUCUGUGGAAAUACAGAAUGGCUAGGCAGAACGCCGACCUGUUCAGUUGUAAAAUGUGACUCACCGCCUUCAGUUGAUAAAGCUGAAGGUCCAUCUCCAAAACGGGAUUUAUAUGAUUUUGCAAGCGUUGUGAGAUACAAAUGUCAGAAGGAUUACACCAUCAAUGGCUCAGCAUCACUUAAAUGUUCAAGCAAUGGAGAAUUCACACCAAAUCCUCCAACUUGUUUAAUGGUUCGCUGCAAUGCGCCGUUUAUUCCAAAUGGUUCGCAAAAGUCUGGAGCCCUCCCUUCGUAUGUACACAGGAGUUUGGUUGAGUACGAAUGUAACCCUGGAUUUAAGAUGGAAGGGAAGGGGGUCCUGAUCUGCCAACUGAACAGCACAUGGUCAUCAACGUCAGAGUGCAAAGCAAUUAUCAUCACCACAACCCCCACUACCACUACUACCACCCCUACAACCAUGACCCCAAAGACCCCCGCCACCACCCAAAAAGACGAGUUUAAUUGUGGGAGCCUCGAGCUACUUAACGGGCAUGUGGAAUACAGUGAAGGAACCUCAUUUGGGAGCUUGGCUACAUUCUCCUGCAAAGACGGGUACAUUUUGAGCGGGAGCGAGAAAUUAACCUGUGGAAAUACAGAAUGGCUAGGCAGAACGCCGACCUGUUCAGUUGUAAAAUGUGACUCACCGCCUUCAGUUGAUAAAGCUGAAGGUCCAUCUCCAAAACGGGAUUUAUAUGAUUUUGCAAGCGUUGUGAGAUACAAAUGUCAGAAGGAUUACACCAUCAAUGGCUCAGCAUCACUUAAAUGUUCAAGCAAUGGAAAAUUCACACCAAAUCCUCCAACUUGUUUAAUGGUUCGCUGCAAAGCGCCGUAUAUUCCAAAUGGUUCGCAAAAGUCUGGAGCCCGCCCUCCGUAUGUACACAGGAGUUUGGUUGAGUACGAAUGUAACCCUGGAUUUAAGAUGGAAGGGGAGGGGGUCAUGACCUGCCAACUGAACAGCACAUGGUCAUCAACGCCAGAGUGCAAAGCAAUUAUCAUCACCACAACCCCCACUACCACUACUACCACCCCUACAACCAUGACCCCAAAGACCCCCGCCACCACCCAAAAAGACGUUCUCCCUGUUGAUCCAACAAGUUCUCCCGGUGAUUCCAAAACAUCGUCGCAGUUCUUGUGGUUUUUAGUACUAGUUCCUAUUGUUUUAGCCGUCGCCAUUGGCCUAACUCUGAAAAAGAGAGGCUCUCAAUCUCUUCGUGCUCCAGUUCCAUUAGAGGAAGACAAGAUAUUGUAGGCUGGUUGCCCUGACGAUGUUCUACUGAUUACCACACCAAGCCGAGAGGGAAGAAUUAUCACUAGACCAGGAUUUGAAUGUAAUCUCCCGCCAUAUGCAAACAAUUCAACUGGGGUCCACAGUCAAUAUAAUUGGCACAGUUGGAGUUCAAUCAGAGGAGUGUUUUUUGGUGCACGCAUGCUUUUCUAAUCAAUCUGGAAUCUGUUCACUUGGCAUCUGAAGGACAUCGAUCACAAAAUCAUAUUGCUUUGCCUUAAGCAUAGCUUACUCCAAUGAAUGCUUCUGAAUUAAUGCUGUAUUAGAUUGAUAGUGUUACAUUCAAUUAUUUAUUUCUCUUCCACCUUCAACAUGUUUAUUUGCCACGUUUUAAGUUUUGAGAAAAGGUCAAUGCGUUUGAUAGAAACAUUUCUGGCUGCAUUUGCUGCCAAAAGUACAAUUAUUUGGUUGAUUACUUUGCCAUCAACCCUGUAUUGUAAACCUUAUUGUAGAUUGAUUUUUGUUAAGAAAAGAAAAUGGAGCCGUUUUGUAUUGCUACUCGUUCUUGGUUGGUCUAUUUGGCCUUGGUCGUUUUGAACCCAAUUUAUGGUUGUAAGCAGAUGAAUUAAACACAAGCCCUUUUUGGAGGGCUUGUGUUUAACCAAUGGGUUGUUGUUUAGUUGUGGAGUUGACGUUAUUGGGUUGGAUGUGUGAAUGUAAAAUAAAAUGUUUUUUUUCCUGUGGUCCCCCACUCAAAUCUCUAAAUGUGGAGGUAAAACAUUUAUAUUUAUUUGAAAUUAAUAAUCGCCCAAUGUUUGAGGUAUGUAUUUUUUGACAAUUUGCACUUAUAGGCUUUGCUGGGGCCGUAGCGCCAUGGAAUUAACAUUCUGUGGUUGUAAAUAAUUGAAAUGAGGUAUAAAUAUGUGUGCAGAUCAAAUCUGAAGCCUCUGAUCAUUGUGUUCCAAUCGUUUGCUAUCGAUUUUCCACAUUCUAAAUGUGACAAAAUGUGAAAAGCGAAAUAAAUCUAUUGACGCCAUUUAAAAAUAUCUAUCAAAAUGGUCAACUGCAUUAGUAAUAUCCAUAAUUUAUUAGCAUUGUAUUUCAUUGUGCCUUGACAACCAUUUGAUAUGAACAUGAGCUUGAAAUUAUAAAAAUGAUUAAAGUACUUCCGUCCA